CAUGCGCGCGGGGAAGCCUAGCUGCGCCGCAAGCCCGCGGCCCCUGAGCUUUCCAAGACAUGGCGUUGAGGCUGCGGCGGCGGGGAUUCCAGCUCUGCGCCCGGCUGCCUGACUUCUUCCUGAUGCUGCUUUUCAAGGGCUGCUUGAUAGGAGCCGUGAAUCUCAAAUCCAGCAAUCGAAACCCAGUGGUACCAGAAUUUGAAAGUGUGGAGCUGUCUUGUAUCAUUACAGAGUCACAGACACAUAACCCCAGGAUCGAAUGGAAGAAAAUUCAAGAUGCCCAAACCACAUAUGUGUUUUUUGACAACAAAAUUCAGGGUGACUUGGCAGGUCGUGCAGAACUAUUUGGGCAAACGUCUCUAAAGAUCUGGAACGUGACCCGAACAGACUCAGCUCUUUAUCGCUGUGAGGUGGUUGCUCGAAAUGACCGCAAAGAAAUGGAUGAGAUUGUCAUUGAAUUAACUGUGCAAGUGAAGCCAGUACCUCCGGUGUGCAGAGUACCAAAGGCCGUGCCUGUGGGCAAGGCGGCCACGCUGUACUGCCAGGAGCGGGAGGGCCACCCCCCACCUCAUUACAGCUGGUACCGCAAUGACUUACCCCUGCCGAAGGAUUCCAGAACCAACCCCAGAUUUAAAAAUUCCUCUUUUCUUAUGAACUCUGAAACAGGCACUCUGGUUUUCAGCGUGGUUCACAAGGAGGACUCCGGGAGGUAUUACUGCAUCGCUUCCAACGACGCGGGCUCCGCCAAGUGUGAGGAGCAGGAGAUGGAAGUCUAUGACCUGAACAUUGGCGGGAUUAUUGGCGGGGUCCUGGUGGUCCUUGCUGUCCUGACACUGAUGACAGUGGGCAUCUGCUGCGCAUACAGACGUGGCUACUUCAUCAACAACAAACAGAGUGAGGAAAGUUACAAGAAUCCAGGGAAGCCGGACGGAGUUAACUACAUCCGGACAGAUGAGGAGGGUGACUUCAGACACAAGUCGUCAUUUGUGAUCUGAAAGCUGACGGUGUGGCUGAGAGCACACGCAAUACCUCUACUAGAAACGUCUGUAUAGAUCAGCUCGGAGUGAAGUGCACUUGGACAGAGCUAGACACUCGUGCAAAAGCUUUUUGUUUUGGCCAAAGUUGACCGCUACUCCUUUCUUACUUUUUAACAAGCCACAUAAAUAAAAGUUUUCCUCAAGAUGGCCACAGUCUUCACAAGGAAAAGAAACUGAGGUUGUCUCCGGCCUGGCUGCCCGCUGAGUGUGAGGGUGGUUGUGAAGCGCUUGCUUGCAGACUGCUGGGCACUCUGGGCCCGGGAGGCCGGCUUAGUUGCCACUUGGUGUCAUCAGCCAGGGUGAGCACCGUGUGAGGGGUGACAAGCGGGCUACAUCACGCCAGCAGUGUACAGCUUGGCAGUGUGAAUCCCGGCAUGAAGGCCCGCGGCUGCAGAGCGAAUCAGCGAACCCGAAGAGGCUUUUUCUGCAAUGAACUUGCCUCACCAUGGCCCACAGGCAGUCCGGCACUGUCUCUUGUUAAAGGCCUCGUUGAUCAGUGUCACGGUGUCCACCUUGGAGAAUCUUCCUGGGUCAGCAUCUUACAAAUAAACCAACCUAAAUCGGAAAGGAGAGCUGCCUGUUGGAAGAAGGGCCUUCUUCCAUGGACAGCCCUGCAUGUCCAUGGAGGUUUCGGUGUUUAAGGAGAGCCUCCACCUCAGCCUCAAUGUGAAAUGGUACUAAGAUAACGUCCUGCUUUUCUAUGGGUGUUUAUUUUAUAGAAUUUUAUAUUCUAAAUUUUUGCUAAACAUGUAUUUUGGUUAUUGAAAAGAAAAUUUCUAUUUAAACUGUAAAUAUGUUGUCAGUAUUAAAUAACCUAUUUUUUUUUUAAAAGAAAAAGUUCAACCUACAGUAGUAGUUCCAAGCUACUCAUGUUAAAUUGGGAAAUGUCAAUAUUAAGAAGUAUCUUAACCCAAGGACUCCUCUCAAGGAGGCUUACCGGAACAUUCCUUUUCCCACAUGUGCUUUAGCAUUUUUCACAAGAACUUGCGCCAUGUAUACAUCAGACCAUUGUUGCUUAGGCACCCUUUAAAAAUUCCACUUAAGUAAUGUCAGAAUCUGUUUGACAUCUCUCAAACAAAAUAAAACAAAACAUAAGGAACUCUUAGACAUAAAUGUGCAAACCACAUCCGUCAACUCCCAGGCCGAGUCAUCUGCUGUCUUGAAUGGGUAUUGGCCACUAACUCCUAAGGCUAGCCAGCAUGUCCCCCUCCCAUCUCUAAUGCCCCGACUAUGGCUCUGUGUGCCGUUUGGCUUUAAUAUGUUGUUCAUGUCCCACAGGCACUUGGCUCAGCCCAGGACAGUUCUAAGGUGUCACUUCAGGAAUGAUGGAUCUUUUCCAUGUGGCAUCCCAGCCUUUGGGUUCCCUGGGCCACAGCCCUUUUGGAUUGUGAAUGGCUCAUGAAACAGAAGCUACUACUAUUUGGCUUUUUAAAUUCACUUAACUUACUUGUGUAGUUCAUAAGACUGUCCAGCGCCAAAGGCAGUUUUGAAUCAAAUCUGUCAACUAUAAUAAUAUUUAAAAAAAAAAAUGAAUUCCUCUUUGCCACAAUGAAAGCCCCAAGGCACCACAGGUUCUGUCUCACUUCACAGUGAGCUGUUGCGUGGUGGCCACUGGGCCGGCCUCAUAGACUAUGAGGUUGAGUGGCUGGAGCCAGAGGCCGAGGGUGAGGAGAGUGAAGUUCUUCAGUCAAAGGCAGCUUUCUAACUCUACCCACAACACCGCGCACUUUGUGGGGGACGUCCGAUGCGUUCAGAAGCCUUUACUCUUUAAGAGCAGAUGUUCUUAGCCUCAGAUACGAUGCUGUGUUAACUCAUAAUGUGAAGGGAUUUGAAGGAGCUUGUUAAAGGAAUGUCUUGGAUUCUACUGUGUGCUUAGAGGAUAGUUUUUAUAUAAGAACAUAGUCAUCUUAGGGAUUAAACUUUGUCUUAAUUUUUUAUACUUUGAGGUUUUUAAAACUCAAGACUUUAGACCUACAUUGACUUUUCUAAGUUAUGUGAAAUACUUUGCCGUGGGAUGGUGGGCAGAAGCAGUGGGAAGCUCUUCAUAAUUGCUCAGUGGUACCCACUACCUUUUGCAUUUGUCUCGAAUGCUUACAAUUAGGGCUCUCCCUUCAUUUUUACCCCUUCGUGGUAGGGAUAGCUUCCCCCUUUUCCAGCUGGGGAUCUUGGUUGUCACAGUGAUAGGGCAGCCUUUUUAUGCCCUAAAACCUCCUACCCUGGUACCCUGUGGACUGGGUCUGACGGGAGAGUAGUGAAUUGUGGAGUCUGGGAGGUAGUUGCCUGUUAUUGUAAAAGUGUGGACAUCAAAGGAACACUUGUAUGUUUUCAAACAUGAAUGUGACUGAAGACUCGAGGCCAGAGCGAGGCUGUUGUGGCCUCUGGUGUGGCUCCUGUGUACAUAGAUGUGGCAGCCUUGUACUAACACACCUGUAAGUUGAUAUUUGUUAAAUCUCACUUAUAAAAGCUUUAAAAAAAAA